AUGGUCGCUCUCGUUCAACAUCUGGACUUGCUGCGGCAACUCGUAGUCGACUGGCUCCAUCUUGGCCGUCCGCCCGAGCUGCGUCACUUCAGGAUAAAUGCCAUAGCUUCCCGUCAGCCGCCAGCGGGCAUGGAGGUUGUCCGGAACGUGAUUCCCGAUACAUCCAAUGUGCCGCUCAUACCCGUGGCACAGACACUCGGGUUCUAG